AUGAGAGAUCACCGAGACAUGAAGACCACAAGCACAACCAAGAUCUUUAGUGAUCUUAAGGCUUACGAGUUUGAGCAUGAACCAAAGGAUGCUGAUGAACCCGAAACAAGAAAUGUAGCUCUUGUGGCCAACCAGCAAGCAUCAACAUCAAACAGGUCAAAGUCUAACUCUUGUGAAUUUUUAUCUGAUGAACAAUAUGCCUUAUUUGUUAGGAAAAUGAAGAGGUUUAUGAGGAAGAACAACUUCCAAUAUUUUCAACGUUCGAGACACCGAAGACAACACGAGAGUUCACCUCAAACCUCAAAGCAAGAGACAUCAAAUUCGCAAUUGCUAUGCUACAAUUGUCGGAAGCCAGGACAUUUCAAGGCGAAUUGUCCACAUCCAAUUGUGAAUAAGCACCAAGAUGGCAAUGCUAUCAAAAACCCAUCCAAAGAAGUAGGAAAAAGCUACAAGAGAAAUGACAAGCCGGAAUUUUCGAACUCCAGAAACGAAAGAAGAAGAAGAAAAGCUAUGUUAGUAAACGAAACAUCUGACACUAUCGAAGCCGAAAGCAGUUCAUCAAGUUCAAGUUCGGAUGAUGAUAGUGCUGAAGAAAAAGGAUUUCUAUGUCUGUUUAGCCAAGAGUCAGAUGAGCUAUGCCUUAUGGCCGAUGAUGAUGAGGUAACUUCACAAUCAUCCUCUUGUUAUUCAGCAGAGUCUAGUUCUAUGAGGAGUCAAGCUUCCAAUGAAUCAGUUACCGAAAUGAUGAGGGAGUUCAAGAUAAUAAAAAACACAUACUCUAAAUUAAAAGGGGAGAACUCUCGGCUUAUGAUCAGCUACAAUGCGCUAAGGCAAGUUCGAAUUGAAAACAUAAAGCUAGCCAUUGCUAAAGAUCAACUUGAGAAAAAUGUUCUCUCUCUAAAAGAGUAG